GCAAAAGCGCUUGACGAAACAGCUGAUUGAGAAUUCAGUCUUGUCGUCUGCUUGUUUUGUAUACUUUUUAGUUUCUAUUCUACUUCUACUUCUAGGUUAUGAGAUUAAUGAAAGAACACCGAGUUUAUUGCUAGUUCUCUAUAGAGAAAUAGUACAAUUUGUUUAGAUUUCAAGUGAAGUUUUGCUGAAUAAAAGGCCUACUAAGGUUCUAAUUUGGAUACAAGGUUCAGAUCUUGGUUAUCAUUAAAAUGAAUUACAAUCGAACAAGUCAACUUUACAGUGUCUGCGGCUAAAAGAGCAACUCUUAUAGAGAACAAAAAGCAGAUUAAUUGUAAAAAUUAUUGAAAAUACAGUAUAAUUUAAAAAAAAAUAGUGAUUCAUCAUGUUCAAUCUAACCGUAAAACUACGUUCUAUUUCACCGUGUAUUCGGUAUUAUUCAAGCUUCAACAAACCAAAGUCAUCGCGAACGCAUAGGUUAGGUUUGGAAAGUUACCUCAAUCGUUAUGAACUUUGUAGAACUGAAUGUGUUAAAUCAAUGUGUUGCAGAAGACUUUUACACAAUAAUUCUAAAUCUAAGGAAUCAGAGAACAAGAGCAUUGUAUACUACUUAUCUGCUAUUGGGGUAUUGACUUUAGGAUUGUCCUAUGCCGCUGUACCGCUAUACCGAAUAUUUUGUCAGGCCUCUGGUUAUGGUGGGACUGUAGGAGAAGAAAAAGACACGGAUGUUUCGAAAAUGAAGAAGGUGAAAGAUAGAGAAAUAACUAUAAAAUUCAAUGCGGAUGUCAGCUCGAGUUUGAAAUGGAAUUUCCACCCUCAACAAUCUGAAAUUACAGUAGCUCCUGGGGAGACGGCUUUAGCGUUUUACACUGCUGAGAAUCCGGCUGACAAGCCAGUGAUUGGAGUUAGCACGUACAAUGUGGUUCCUUUUGAAGCUGGACAAUAUUUCAACAAAAUUCAAUGCUUCUGCUUCGAAGAACAAAUGCUUAAUCCACAUGAGCAGGUGGAUAUGCCAGUAUUCUUCUACAUUGAUCCUGAAUACAGUGAAGACCCAAAACUGGAAUACACAGAUACAAUCAUCCUGUCCUAUACAUUUUUCGAAGUCAAGGAUGGCAUGUCUUUACCCCUACCAGGAUAUUUUAAACCGCACACGGCAUGAUCUGUUAUAUCCGAUGACUCUUGUAUAGUUCGACUUAGUCAAAUAAAUUGUUUCAGUAUAGUCUAGUUGAA